AGGGGGAGGGCGAAGAGAGGAGGAGAAGGGAGGGAGGGGAAUAUGACCAGUAAGUAAACAAACAAGCACAAGACAAGACAUGUCAAGCCCGUACAGAGUUGGAGACAAAAACCACGACGAGUAUGCGUUACAGUAACCUAUAGUAGGUGCAUACAGGUGUAUUCUAACCAUGAAGAGUACUCAUAUUGUCAAAAUAUGCCCCUCCUGUCUUUUUCAACGCCAUGCGAAUUCUAUAACUAAUUAGUAUUUGCAAGAGAAAUAAUACUGUGAACGAUGACAGUUCACGUAUUAUGUAUCACUUCAGCUGGGGGUUUACCUCUUUUCACUCGUAAAAAGGGGGAAGGAGAUGUGUUGCCCUUCUCCUUAGUUGCUUCUUUAAAUGGAGUUCAUAUGUUUUGUAAAUCUCAAGACGUUUUAUUGAAAAGUACUAAGACUUCAGACACAACCUUUGUAUGGGAAGAGUUUGAAGGAAGCAUUAUAUUAGUGGCCGCUGCUUCUUGUUGUGACGAAGCAGCUCUGCAAAAGCUUCUGAAUGCUGUGUUCAAUGCUAUGCUAUUAAUGGUUGGAGUUGACGAAAUAAGAAAUAUCAGAAAUCCUGACCGUUUCAAACGUGAAUUGAGAGUAUGUUAUCCGCUUGUUGAUAAGCUUAUGGAUGGAAUGGAUGGUAGUACUGUCAGUAAUACAGCUGGAAGUGCUCAUGCAACAGGAAAGAAUUCCAAUAAUUUUAGUGAUUCUACAGAAUAUCUUUGCUGUGGCAAUCUUAUUGGAUUAUCUGAAACUCUUCUGAGCUAUGAAAGCAAUGAUUUAAUGGCGUGUUUAGAUGCCUAUGCAGAAUGUUUGAAUAGCCAGUUUGCCUGUCUUUUGGUAUAUGGGCGUGAAUUAGUUUCAACUCCUGCUUGGACCGAUCUUCAUCCACUUGAGCGCCAACUUUUGACACUUUUAACUGUUGUCUCAUCCCCUUCCACAUCAAGUGAUACUCCAAUAUUUCUUCCAUUCAAGAGCCCAUCGAUACCCUUCAGGCUUAUAUGGGUGCUUCUUGUUCCUGGUGUAUCAAUUUUGGGACUGUGCGGACCUACGCCGACUUUAUCUGAGGCAGAGCACUUAGCUUUACAGUGUUGGGGACCAAGUGCUGACCAUUUGCGAUCCAUUACGCAGAUUGCCCCUCGCAACUUUCCUCAUUCCAUUCAGCUAGACAGCAAUGUGUUGGGAUUUCUCUUGAUUAAUACUGAGGUGGGAAAAUAUGUUUUGAGCUACAUAGCUAAUGACAAGCCAGUGUGGCAGUCACGAGAAAGAACUGAGAGUAAUACUGAACAUAGUAAUCCUGUUAAUGCCCCGUCCUCUCGACACCGUCUGCAUGUGUUACGAACUUUUUAUCAUCAAGCUGUGGAAUCACUCCUGCUUACUGCUGACAGUUCAAACAACAAAAAAGAAAAAGGUGACACAGCAAGAGAAAGUUCCCCUUUGGAAACAUAUUGGUGUUCAGAAUACCAUAAAUGUCAUGGUAUAAGAAGAGGCACAAAUGUUCUAUGUGUGCUUUAUGUUUCGUCUGUUCCCACCCACACAAUGAGAUUGUUAUCUCAGCAAACUCUGAAGAUUCUGACUACUGACAAACAACUACAUUGGUAGCAAAGUGAGAAUUUUAUGAUUCAUUGAGGUUUGUUGACGUUUUCUCUUCUGUUGAUGUAUAUUGAAACAGUGGCUGUGCCAUGGAUAUUUAAAUUUCUACUUGUAUUAAUUUUUUUAAUAAUUGAUAUUUAUCUAUUAAACGUAAAAUACUUUUA